CCCCCCUCACUCACCCCCCCUCCUCACUCACUCCCCCCCUCACUCACUUGGGAGAGUCUAGGUGUCCAUGUGUUGGAUGUUGAUGAGUGUACCAGCCAAUGGGAGGGGCGUGCACGAUGCCACCAUUUCUGCCACAACUACAUCGGGGGGUUUCGUUGCUUCUGUCGCCAGGGAUACAGUCUCCACGGAGACGGCAGGACCUGCAAAGUGACAGACUGUGGUCAUCCCGGGGCGCUGGUCAACGGUCAUUACUCACUCGUGGACAGAGCGGCUGGGACCGGCAUUGGGGCGGUCGUAACCUACAGAUGCCUUGACCGGUACUACAGGCUGGCGGCUAAGUCUGACGGUCUCUACACCUGCCUGAUCAAUGGGAAAUGGAGCAAUGUUGUUGUGGGGGAAGAUGCCCCUCACUGUGAUGCAGUGUGCGGCAAGACCCGAUGGCCGUGGUCCGGCCCCCAGCGUGUCCUGGGCGGUAGCAGAGCCCGGCCAGGCAGCUUCCCAUGGCAUGUCAACGUAGAGGAUUCAGUGUGUGGUGGAGCGCUGGUGUCUGCGACCUGGGUCUUGACCAGCGCCUCGUGUGUGGCCGGAUUGUCCGCUGUCCGGAUGCUGACCGGCGGCACUGACCGCAAUGACCCGGCCCUCUGGCAGCGGCUUGAAGCCACGGACAUCCACAUCCACCCGGGGUACGACCGUUCUCCCCUCGCCCACGACCUAGCCCUGUUGAGACUGCGGGGAGAGGCGCGGUUUGGGGAGAACGUCUCCCCGGUCUGUCUCCCCCUCGCUCACUCCCGGUACCGGGUAGAAACGGGAGCGAUGGGCUACGUGUCCGGAUUCGGCCAGACCGAGCUCUUGGCCCACAGUGACCGCCUCAUGUUCGCACCAGUGCCCGUGGCCGAACUAGCCGAGUGCUGGGAGGGUUCGCUGGGAGAGUCCUCUCUCCCGUUGUCUGGGGAGGUUUUCUGUGCCGGGGGCACUGGGACUGAUGCUUGUACUGGGGAUGGAGGGGGGUCGCUGGUCUUUAGAGACACUCUGGACAGUGACUCUGUCUUCACCGCGGGUGUGGUGUCGUGGGGCAGUGAAUGUGGCCACUUUGGCCUCUACACCAGUGUCCAACACCAUCUAGACUGGAUCACGAGCGUCAUGCAGUCACCGACCCCGGGGCUGUAGUUCAUAUGCGAUAGAAGCAGAAUGAGGCCAUUCAGCCCAUCGAGUCUACCCCGCCAUUCAGUCAUGGCUGAUCUAUCUCUCCCUCCUAACCCCAUUCUCCUGCCUUCUCCCCAUAACCCCUGACACCCACACUAAUCAACAAUCUAUGUAUCUCUGCCCUACAUAUAUCCACUGACUUGUGGCCUCCACCGCUGUCUGUGGCAAAUAAUCCCACAGAUUCACCACCCUCUGGCUAAAGAAAUUCCCCCUCAUCUCCGUCCUAAAGGAACGUCCUUUAAUUCUGAGGCUGUUCCCUCUGGUCCUAGACUCUCCCACUAGUAGAAACAUCUUCUCCACAUCCACUCUAUCCAGUAUCAUUAGAGUCUUAGUCUUGAGUCCAUCUAGUUAUACCAUAUACAGUCAGGUCAAACUCCAGCACAACAGGUGGAGCAAAGGGGAAGAUAUAGAGUGCAGAAUAUAGUUCUCAGCAACGUAGAAACAGGCCCUUCGGCCCAACUUGCCCACACCGGCCAACAUGUCCCAACUACACUAGUCCCACCAAACAUUGUAACACAUCAGUUCCACAAAGUCCAGUGUCCGCAAUGGGGUAGAGGUGAAUCGGACAGGACCCCAGCUUAUGGAAGGGCCGUUCAGAAGCCCGAUAACAGAGGGGAAGAAGCUGUUCCUGAGUCUGGUGGUGCGCGCUUUCAAGCUUCUGUACCUCCUGCCGGACGGGAGCGGGGAGAAGACGGAAUGACCGGGGUGGGACAUUAUGUUGGCUGCCUUCCCGAGGCAGCAUGAAGUGUAGAUGGAGUCAAUGGUGGGGAGUGUGGUGUGUGUGGGACUGGGCUACAUCUACAAUGGUGGGGAGUGUGUGUGUGAUGGGACUGGGCUACAUCUACAAUGGUGGGGAAUGUGGUGUGUGUGGGACUGGGCUACAUCUACAAUGGUGGGGAGUGUGGUGUGUGUGAUGGACUGGGCU